AUGAAUGAGAUAUUCAAGAAAUACAGAGACAUUGAUGAAGUAGUGAUUCCGUCUAGACGCGACGAAAAUGAAAGAAGAUAUGGCUUCACAAGAUUCUUCAAUGUAAUGGAUGAGAGAAGGAUGGCUGUGAGAUUGGACAACAUCAUCAUCAACAAUGUCAAGCUCUUUUUCAACCUACCAAGGUUUCAAAGGGACAAUCAUGACGACAAAAAGCAUGAAAAUGAUCGAAACUAUGAUAACAGGAAAAACACAUAA